GCUCGACCCCCACCCACACCCCCCCCGUGCUCCCCCAGGAAGCUGCAGGACCCGCGGGUGAUGACGACGCUCAGCGUUCUCCUGGGGGUGGACCUGAGUGGGGCCGAGGAAGAGGAAGAAGCCAUGUCCCCCCCGCCGCCCCCACCCCCUCCUCGGCCCGACCCGCGCCCUGAACCCAUGCAGCAGGACCUCCCUGAGAACAAGAAACAGGCGCAGCGGGAGAAGGAGCUGGGCAACGAGGCUUACAAGAAGAAGGACUUCACCACUGCCCUGGCGCACUACGACCGUGCCGAGGAGCUGGACCCCACCAACAUGACCUACAUCACCAACCAGGCUGCCGUCUACUUCGAGAAGGGCGACUACAACCGCUGCCGUGAGCUGUGCGAAAAAGCCAUCGAGGUGGGCCGGGAGAACAGGGAGGACUACAGGCAGAUUGCCAAAGCGUACGCCCGCAUCGGCAACUCGUACUUCAAGGAGGAGCGCUACAAGGACGCCGUGCACUUCUACAACAAGUCCUUAGCUGAGCACCGCACGCCUGACGUGCUCAAGAAGUGCCAGCAGGCAGAGAAGAUCCUCAAGGAGCAGGAGAGGCUGGCGUACAUCGACCCCGACCUGGCGCUGGAGGAGAAGAACAAAGGCAAUGAGUGCUUCCAAAAAGGGGAUUACCCCCGUGCCAUGAAGCACUACACCGAGGCCAUCCGGCGCAACCCGCACGAUGCCAAGCUGUACAGCAACCGUGCUGCCUGCUACACCAAGCUGCUGGAGUUCCCACUGGCGCUGAAGGUGGGGGGCACCGGGG